AUGCGUCUCACUUUCAUCUUCGCGGCGGUCAUCGCGGCCUCUCUCCAUGCCAGCGGCGCUGCCCUCCCUUCGGCCACGGCAUCCAAUAUCGCUGAGGUCGAGAACGAGGCCUCCUCUGCUACCGCUGAUUCCGCUCACGCCGAUGGCGGGCGAAUGCUUCGCCGUGUCGAGAAGAACGACGAGAUCGAUGAAGAGCGAAUUGACUGGUCGAAGGUUUGGGCGAAGCUCACUUCGAAAAAAUUCACGAAGGGUCAGAACAUGAGCCCAACGGAGCAGCACAAGUGGCUUAUUAGGCAAGCAAAGAAGCUGGGCAUGAACACGGACGGCAUGUAG